AUGCUACAGUUUACGCCUGUAUUCAUUGGUUCAUUGGAGUUCUCCUCAGCAGGGGGCUACAAGUCAAAAAACCUUCAGUCCAGGCUCAUUGUGUCUGCCUCGAACACAUCUCCCACACUCGCAACUCUCAAAGCGCCUAAAUCAUUUACACCUAGCAUGGCUGAAGAAUUAGAUUCCACGACAGUACCUGUGGACUUUGUCAAGGAAGGAGGCGAUUGGCUUGCCAUAUUUAACCCCCGCGUGCCUCGCCAGAUGGACGUGCAGCUUGCAGCGCGUGUCAAGUUUUCCUUGGACAGCACAUUGCUUGCAGUGGGCAUGGAGGGUGCCGUUGUACUUUACAACUUGUGUCUUGGAGAGAAGUUCACCUUCACACUGGAGAGGAAUACCGGAAAGCCAAAUCAUGCACGAGCUGUUUGCAUCAGCCCCGAUGGUCACUUCCUUGUCGCUGGUUCUGAAGACAAAUUCAUAAGAGUCUGGAGUAUCACGAACCACAUGUUGGUUCAUACUUUGGAGGGGCACUGCGGAGAGGUAUAUGCUCUAGAGUUUACACCUGACAACAACACCUUGCUCUCAGCAUCUGGAGAUUGCACGAUCCGCGUUUGGGAUGCAACUCAGUUUGCCGAGACCCCCGACGCUAGCUCAAUCAUCCUCGAUGAAACUAUGGAGGCCACCUGUCGUGUGCUUCGCACAGUCAGCCCUGAUGUCAAACUUUCAUCUAAGCUUGCACUGACAUCUAUAUCUAUCAAUUCAACCGGCAAGUUUGUUGCUGGGGGUUCAUUGGAUGGAAUGAUUCGAAUCUGGAAGGUUGACGGCACCGAAGAUGACAGCACGGAGCCGGUGGAGACAUUAAGCGGGCAUAAGGAUGCUGUGUACAGUGUGCAGUUUGUUGAAGGCGGGUUGGUGAGCGCAAGCUUGGAUCGAACGAUGAAACACUGGGACGUGAGUGAAAUGGGUGUUGGUCGCAGAGAGUGUCGAAAAACUCUUCAAGGACACAAAGACUGCAUUCUUGCCACAUCUGCACUUCAGGUUGGAAGAGAUCAACGUGUCGUGUCCUCGUCUCGGGAUGGGACGGUGCACAUGUGGGACCUAAAGACGGGGAUGGUGCAGUUCGUGAUUCAGGGUCAUAAAAACACUGUGACGACUGUGGAUCUUUGCAAGGACGGACGGCUGUUAGCAUCUGGUAGCGGGGACCGUGAAGUGCGGCUAUGUCGAGAUGACGCGGAUUCUCGUGUCCCAGCACGCCCUUGCCAAGAUAAUUAUUUUACUCUUCCCAGUGGCACUACGCCGUUCAUGAUGAAAUUUGCACAUUCUUUUACAUAUCUCCUCGCGCUAAUGUCGAUGGUCGCUGGCUCACCGAUCCAGCAAGUGAACACUCAUACUUUACACCUGCUACUCGAGCGUAGGAACAACCAACUUAGCGUUAAGAGUCUCCAAGCACACCUUGAACAAGUCUCCGCGAAGUACCGUCAGGGAUUUGCGGCGUAUGAGGCUAAUAAGGGACAUGCCCACCCGUUGAGCAUAGCAUCUAGCUCAAAAACGAUGGAGCGAGAUGUUGGUAAUGUUCCUUUAAUGUCUCAAGACGUCCAACUGUGGUAUGCCUCGAUCGAUGUCGGCACGCCAGCGAAGACUUUCACAGGUGCUCACGUAUUACUAUUCAUAUAUGAUCCAUCCAAAUCCUCAACAGCUGUCGAUCUCCACAGGGAAUUCGUGCUCACCUUUGGCGAAGGUGAAGUUGAGGGAGAACAAUUUGCUGAUAACGUGGUAAUUGGAGGGUAUGAGUUAAACCAUGACCAGGCUAAGAAACAGACCCUCGGGGCUGCAACAGAAUAUUCCUCAGACUUCUCAAUUGUCAAUUUCAUACCUGACGGACUUGCCGGCUUUGCAUUCGGGUCUAUAUCCGGAUACCCAGCACCUUCGCUCUUUCAAACUCUUGUGCAAAGCCGUCAGCUGCAGAAAGCUGUGUUUGGUGUCAAACUUUCAACCGCCCCCGGUGCAAGCGAACUAUAUAUUGGAGGGACCAAUACAGCGUUGUAUCAGAAAGACAAUCUAUCGUACACACCUGUAAUCGAUCUAGGCUACUGGGAAGUCAAACUCGAUCGAAUAUCUCGAGCUGGCGUUCCUGUGGGGAAACCGGAGGCAACGUCCAUCAUCGACACGGGAACAACUUUGAUCGUGGCGAAUAAGAAUGAUAGUGACUGGUAUUUUGAUGGUAUUUCUAACGUUACAUCAUGGAUCGAGGAAUCUCAGGCUAAUCUAACAUUUUCAGUUCCGUGUGAUACAAUUGACAACUAUGCGCCGACCCUCACCUUCGGAGGACAUCCAUUUACUGUGUCUGGGGACACAUUUAAUCUCGGGCCUGUUGAAGAGGGAUCCAAUGACUGUGUGGCUGGCAUCGCGGGCUCGGAGGGUCUUGAUUUCUGGAUCGUGGGCGACGUAUUCUUGCAGAACGUGUACUCGAUCUUUGACAUGGGUGAAUUGCGAGUUGGGUUUGCGGAGCUUGCAUAA